GAGCUGCCAGCGUGGUUGUGGGCCACCCCCUGGACACGAUCAAGACUCGUUUGCAAGCUGGACAAGGGUAUGGAAAUACACUCAACUGCAUUCUUACUGUGUACAGAAAUGAGUCUUUGGCCGGCUUCUUCAAAGGCAUGUCCUUCCCGCUGGCCAGCAUCGCCGUCUACAGCUCCGUGGUGUUCGGCGUCUUCAGCAACACGCAACGGCUCCUCAGCCAGCUCCGCCACGGAGACCCAGCUUGCACGCCAGCACUCGCCGAUGUGGCUCUGGCCAGCAUGGUGGCAGGGUUCGUCUCCGUGGGCAUCGGCACUCCCGUGGACCUGGUGAAGAUAAGGCUACAGAUGCAAACGCAGCCGUACAUCAAAGCAAACAUUAAACUAAAGCCCACAGUUCCUGGAUUUCCUGUGUACCGAGGCCCAAUUCACUGCUUUAAGACAGUCCUACAGAAAGAGGGGAUAGCAGGAAUAUACAGAGGCGCAGGAGCAAUGCUGCUGAGGGAUGUUCCUGGGUACUGCCUCUAUUUCAUUCCUUACACGUUUUUCUGUGGCUGCAUCACCCCUGAUGGAUGCAUUUCCCCUAAUCCCUCCUCUGUCUGGCUGGCAGGGGGUGUAGCAGGAGUCAUCUCCUGGGGGACUGCUACUCCAAUGGAUGUUGUGAAAAGUCGACUUCAGGCAGAUGGAGUUUAUUUGAACAAGUACAAAGGGACCCUUGACUGUAUCUUGCAGAGCUACCAGAACGAGGGCUUAAAAGUCUUUUUUAGGGGCAUCACGGUCAAUGCAGUGCGAGGAUUCCCAGUGAGUUCAGCCAUGUUUCUUGGCUAUGAACUUUCCCUCAAAGCAAUGAAAAGAGAACAAACUGAGACCAAUCCUUAA